GCAGCAACAGACAAGAACAAUAGGCAAGCGAGAUACGGAAAAUAAUAGAAGAAUUCAAAAGGUUUCUGGUCUCUGGCAAUACGUUGGCUGGAGUUACUGUCGCAGACAAAUACAGAAAACAAUGGGACGAUUAUUCGAGAUGCCAGCGACAGGAAGACGUUCGCUGAGGCGAGCAAAGAGAAAUGUUUUGCAAUUAUUGGCUGACUCUAGAAAACAAAUACAGGAUAUGUUUCAAAAUGAAGAGUCAACCAAGGCAAAACUUCAACCGAAUCAACAGUUUCUUAGCACAGAUACAGUAUCAAUGAUGGAGAAAGGUAAAAUUCGAGAAACGGCGAGCGACGCACAGUUUAAUCCGGAAAGACGAGCCGAAGAUAUUCUGUCGCAGUAUAAUCGGGAUACCACAUUCGAAUACGAGCAAUGCUUUACAGGAAGGGCAACGAAUAGCUUUCCAAUACAAGCAGAUCAAUGUAGCUAUGUGGCUGGUGCAACACUUAAUCUAAAAAACAAAAGGAAUUUGCAGUUAGCAAGUAAUCGGUUAAAGCUUAAUAACGCAGUGGCACUGCGAACACCCGAAGCGGACAUACCCAAUGCUUUGAUGUUAGCUGUAAAAUCAAACGAGGAGGUAAUUAAAAGUCCACAGCUACAAGAGGUAGUAAAUGCAUCUGGUAACUAA